AUGGACUUCGCUCCUUAUCAAUCCUCUCCGCCGGAGCAUUCACGUGUUACCUCGCCCGACUAUGCCUCCCCACGACCUUCGUACGAUGCUCGUCGAUCUUUCUCUCCCGUUGCUUCUCCUCCCCCGCUCCAACAUCCGCAACCGCAGCGAGGAUGGGGCGGUUUCGAUGGCCAGUCGGCUGGCUGGGCGGCGAUUAGUCCCGACAGUCGGGCUUUUGGAGCGUCAAGUACAAUGCCUGGUGCUUUUCCUGUGGCAGAAGUUAGCGAGUUUGAUACAAGUCUAGGGAUGCGCUUAGAUUAUGAGGCAUGUCUGGCAUACGUCGCUUUCCCGCCUAUAGGAGCCAUUAUACUUCUCAUCCUGGAGCGAAAUAGUGACUACGUGAGCUGGCUGUUCUUCUUAUGUGAUGUUGCUCUAAUUGCUGUGCUCACACUGCGCGCUUAUAAGGACGCCGAAAUUCUUGACAGGUUCGAGGUACCCUUUUUCGGUGCUUUAGCCAGUCGCUUUCUCGACGAUGAAUGA